AUGUCGCCGUACUCGGCCACUUCCUGGCCAACGGUACUGAUUCACGAGGACGCUGGCUACGUUCAUGGCGCUGUAUUCAGCAGCAGCCAGGGAAGUCUAGAGAAGGCGAAGUUGCUCGUCGAGGUGGGAAAGGCUGAUGUGAAUGAGCUGCCCUAUCCGGAUAUUGUUGACCCGCAGGUGGCCAAUACGCCCCUUCACGAAGCUGCAAAGUGUGGAGCUAUCAAAGUGGCAGAGUACUUGCUUCAGAAGGGUGCCGAUGUACGGACCAAAGAUUCUUCGGGCAAGAUACCCAAGGAAGGAGGUUGCAGAGGAGGGCUUGUUGGCCCGAGGAGAGAGCAGUAUCUAGAAUACUGGACGGAGUAUAUAUAG